AUGCGCCGUUUGCGUACGAGUUUUUCACGCCAGGGUGCUGGAGAUGUGGGCGUCAGCAACCUCGAGAAAGUCGCGUCUUUGCCCGUGCAGGCUGGAGAACAAGGCGAAGGCAGUGGCGCGGAGAGUGCGGCGAAAGAGAUGGCAGCGGCCGCGACGGCAGCGGAUAUGCCACAUGAGUUAAGGAGGCAGAUGUACCACGAGGCCAACGCUUUCAGACACUCCCCUCUCUUCACUCAAAAGGUGCGUAUGGAGAACAAGUUGGACGAGCACGAGCUGCUGCGUGUACAGCUGGAGGCGUUGGAUUACCAGGAGAAGCACGGGGUGCUGCUGACAGAAGGCGAUUUCUACUACCGCUACCCUCAGUCGUUCGACCCCUCAGCGCGGCCUAAGCCGGAUGCAGAGGAUGGCCAGCCGCAGUGGGCCCCAUUCAGAGAUCCGGGGGGUGCGGGACCCUCUCUGCCGACAGGUCAGGGUUCUGGAGGGCAGGGAGGGGGCCCCAUUUACGGUGCACAGGAAGGGGGAGAAACGCAGAGCCAGUGGCAGAGUUGGCUGCAGAGACAGAGGAGGCGCGGAUGGUACUCCUCGACGACAUUAGUGUAUUCAACGCUCUUUGGGGCCGUCGUGGGAGCCUCCAACUUCACGACAUACUGGCAGCAACUCCAAAUAUGGAGGAGUUCGAUGUUUUUCCUGCCGUACUUGCUGUUCCUCUUCACAGUCGGACUGCCGACGCUUCAGUUAGAGCUCGUUCUUGGGAAUCUGUUGCGUGGCGCUGCUAUCAAGCAGAACACGCAGCUCAGCCGGUGGCUGGUGGGGCUGGGCAUUUUGCAGGUGUUGACGUCGAUUUCAUUUGUCAUUAUCACUGCGGUUUUGAGUGGCCAGUUGUUGAUUUAUUUUGUUUCAAGCUUCUCAAGACCGCAGCCGUGGCAAGUCACCGUGAGUGACAUGGAACUCUGCAACGGGUUUCAUGGAAAUAGAGACGAGUGCAAUGCAGCAGGUCAUGGGGUGCUGUGCUCCUAUGUACCUGACACCAAUAUCUGUAUUGCUUCUCCUACUGGCAAGGCAACAUUGCAUUAUCUGGAAGAACUGCAGCCAUCUACACUCGAUAGCAGCCUAGAUCCGGACGCUUUGAGGCCAAAGGCACUAUCUACUCUGGCUUUCGUGUGGCUCUACAUCCUCGCGUACAUGUGGAGAGGCCUGUUUAAAGCUGGAUUUCCUUCUGCUAUCUUGAUGAUCAUUGCAAUGGUCCUUUGUGCCACCCUUGCCGUUGUUUCCUUCUUCGUGGGAACCGACGGAAGCGUGCAUGUUGCCUCGGCAGUUUCAGCAACCUUUGAUUGGCGACCUCUGAUCCACGGCUUCUUUGAUGCGGCGUAUUCUGCGUCGCUCGUUCGCUACAUUUGCCAAGACCUCUGUCUCGGCUGUUGCAUUUUAGGCACAGUUUCGAGCUACACAAAGAUCGGCUUCAACACGUACCCAAGCGGCGUAUUCACGUGCAUCGUAGAGUUCGUGAUGGCUCUGGCGGUCACUGACAUUCCGCUUCCUGAAAUCAUACGGAAGACAGGCACCGCCCCCGCCUACUUUGUGGUUUUUCCUGCUGCCUUCGAAAAGGUUUCGUCUCCUUAUCUAUUUGGCCUAUUUUUUUACGGAGGUGUUUUCCUAAUAAACACGCAAGUUGCGGCCAUCGGAAUUCACUCUGUUUUUAACGCCGUUCUGGCAUACGAUGUCCUCACUCCGCUUCACCGAAGGCUAAAGAGGAUUGUUGUGAAUUUGCCUUCUGCAGCAUGUAUCCUUUUCGGCGGAUUAUGUUUUAUCGUGGGGGCGUGCUACUUAAUUGCAGUAUUUUGUUGCCAAGACAGCAUCUUCCUGCCUAUCUGGGUUAUGAUUUUCAUCAAUGCUUUGAUUGCGGUCGGCGUAGCUGCAUUCAUAAAAGACCCGGAAGCACAGGCUAAGACCUUCAAGGAACGCUUCCUAGCGUUGUACUUGGGCGGAGUGCGGGAUUUGUGCAACGAGGUCUCACGAGUUACUCUGUUCUUCCCUCAGCCCAACAUGGCGGGAACAUCUGUAAUUGGGCUUUUCCCUACACUGUUCUGUGGGUGCUUGACGAGGCCAUUCUUUAUGUUCCGCCCAUCGACGUACUGGUGUGUGUGUAUCAAACACUUGGUGCCUUUCGUCAUGCUUGUGACAAUAUCUGACGCCUGCCACCGCUUCGACAUGAACUGGGAUUCGAUGAAGAGGUCGCCCAACAUGAGGAAUUUGGGUGCUGCUUUGCUCGGAAUGGCUGCGGUCUUCCUUGUCUUAACGCCGCUGAUCCCCAAACUUCGAGACUGGGUGAGGCCUGUUGCAGAGGACUACAUGUCGACCCUGGCGUUUCCAAGCCACCCAUUCGUGCCUUGGCGCCGAAUGUCUCUCUUGUCACUGAUGCCCAAACUAUUUCGAGAGCAUCUGGCGAGUUCGAAAGAACCCUCGCCAAUCGUCAAGAGCCUCAUGCUCGAGUACAAGAAACAGAGGCUACCCUUUAUGACUUCCUUCCCUGGGGAGGGUGCACCUGGCCUCUCGGAAGUGGAACUGGCUCAGCAGCCGCGCUUUCGUGAAAGGAGCUUGGAUCUUCAGCCUAGGCAGCAGCAGACCCAGCAGUUGUCAUUUGGCAGCAAGACGUCAGACGACAUGCCACCUUUAACUGGCGCGAGUUCCGCUUGCCGUGUUCCAGAAUUGUCAGUGUUCCAGUAUUUCAGACACCAGCAAGCCUCAGUAGAUGAGGUUCGCUGUGGUGUGUUACACAUAUCCGGCAGCACACCAAACUUUUCGGGAUGGUCGCCUUCUACGACAGUGAACCUCUCGCGAAUACCAUAG